AUUGCACUAGUUCAGCAGUGCAGCUAUAAAGAACAGACCCUUACACUGUCGCUAUAGCUAAGAAGAUACUGCAUUUUUAUUAACCAUGUUGAUACUGUGUUGUUUCAUCAGCUAAGUUUUAUCAUAAGAGAAUAAAUAUUUUUUAUAAUAUCAAUCUACGAAACAGCCAAUGAAAUAGUUGGACAUGAAUUACGCGAAUACAAAGCAGGAUACCGGGCAUGAAUCUUCUCCUCUUGCGUAAACUUGUAAAAAGUGAAAAAUUUUUUAUGUAAAAACACGAGAAUGUUCACUUUCUUAAAUUUACAUUAGUGAAAAAGACUUAUGUGUGAUAGAUAAUAGUUCGUUUGCAGAAAAAUCACAUGCAACUACGUAAAAUUCUACAUGAAUUACUUGGUAAUCUAUAUUUUUUGGAUCAGUCCUUCUGAACGAGUGAUAAUGUUUCUUCAGGAUUCCUCCAAAUAGAAGAAUGGAUAAAAUAUUAAUAGAGAGUUCCUCAGAUGAAGAUGAUACAUAUACAAACUUUGCUGGCCGCUUAAGAGCAUUGAAAAAGAAACGUCUUGAAAACGAAAAACUUGCCAGUGUUGCAGUAACAAGUGGUGAAAAUAAUAUAAUAAUUAGUGAUGAUGAAGUUAUGUCAAAUAACAUAACAAAUAACAUAAUUAUAGAAAGAGAAACUAGAAUUACAAGAUCCAAAAAUGGAAAUAGAGGUAAAGCUAGAGGUAAAAACAGAGGUAGAGGCAAAGACAAAACCAAAACUUAUCAUACUAUGUCAACUACGGAUAGGCCUUCGUUUAUUAAUAAUCUAGAUUGUACCGAGAUAGAAAUUGUACCAGAUAUUGUAUUUGAAGAAAACUUUAACUCAGUUUCUGAAUCUAGUAAGAAUGAUAUCGUUGCCUUGUCUUCGGAUGAUGAUGCUUGCAAUGAAGAUGACAACUAUGAAAUAAAUAUAAAAGUAUUAUGGAGAUCUGUUAGGCUCGACCGUCUGAAUAUGCGUAGACAUGACAGCUUUUUAAAGAUUUUUCAACAUUAUGCUGACUUGGAGAAGGUUUCUGUAAAUGAAAUAUUAAUUAUGAAGAAUGAUAAGAUUAUUAGUCGCAUUGACACACCAGCUUUGCUUAAUCUCUCAGUUAUAGAUAUUCUCGAUGGUGGUAUAGUAAAUCCAGGUAUGAAUGAGUUACCCGAUAAAAAUAAAAAAGAUGAUGAAGAAGACAUAUGCAGUAUUAAAGUACAAACUGGAAACAAGAAGGAAUCGUUGACCAUCCCACUCAAAAAGAAUCAACAAUUUAGAACGUUGUUUUCUUAUUGCGCAGUACAAUUUGGUGAAGAAGAAAGCAAUCUGAAGUUUUAUUUCGACGGGGAACAGAUUGGCCUAUCAGAUACGCCGGAAUCAUUAGAUAUGGAAGGGGAAGCAUGCAUUGAUCUUCGAAUUUCGUCCGCAUAGUUUGAUGCAUUGCAAAGUAAGAAUAUUUUACAACCAUUAACACCGUGCCUUUUAUGGAUUUCUACAGUUUAAUAUAAGAACGUUACUCAUUUGAAAAUGUUGCGCAUUCCCGAAAAACUAUUAUCAAUAUAAAAUUGUAGUGUAUAAGUAAGUUAUAUAUUAUUUAAUAGAAAAUAUCAAAUGGAAGUUCAUAUAUUAAGUUAAAGCUCAGAAAGCGAGAAAUUUAAAUAAAAAUUCAAAUCUCGUUCACAAUCGCAUCACAUGAAAUUAUCAACAAUUUUUUAACCAUAUUUCAUUUUAUUUAUUUCAAUUGUAUCCAUAUAUAUGAUGAUGAAACACAAUAUUCGGUACAUUUAAUCUUAUAAGAGUAUAGGACACAUAUUGAAUUGACAAAAAAA